AUCAGGUGACGCCCUGCACGGGCAGCCCGUUGUCAGGGGGAAGAGGAAACCAAGACAGGCCGAGGGAGAGCUUUACGAUUUCUGCCCUCCCAGCCAUGGAUAGCAAGCAGAAGCAAGCAGAGAAGGCCAGGCCCUAUGGCCUGCUGAAGCCAACAGCUUUAGGCAAGAUCCCAGGCAGAUUUCUACUUCAUCAAGAAGCGUUGCCCCAUCUCCCCGUGCCACCACUUCAGCAGACGCUCGACCGCUACCUGCUGACCCUGCAGCCCAUCAUCAGUGAGGAGGAGCUGAACCACACGCAGGAGCUGGUGGCUGAGUUCCGCAAGCCAGGAGGUGUUGGGGAGAGACUGCAGAAAGGCCUGGAGAGGAGAGCAAGGAAAACAGAGAACUGGCUCUCGGACUGGUGGUUGAAGACAGCUUACCUGGAGUAUCGCCUGCCAGUUGUGGUUCACUCCAGCCCUGGUGUGGUUUUACCUAAGCAGGAUUUUCAGGAUCGACAAGGGCAGCUCAGGUUUGCUGCAAAGCUGAUUGAGGGCAUCCUGGAUUUCAAGACCAUGAUUGACAAUGAGACCCUCCCAGUGGAGUACAUGGGUGGGAAGCCCCUCUGCAUGAACCAGUACUACCAGAUCCUUUCAUCUUGCCGCAUUCCUGGGCCCAAGCGGGACUCCAUUGUCAACUAUGCCAAGGGCAAGAAGCAAUCCAGACACAUCACAGUGGUUCACAACUUCCAGUUCUUUGAGCUGGAUGUGUACAACAGUGACGGCAGCCCCCUUACCACCGACCAGCUCUUUAUUCAGCUGGAGAAGAUCUGGAACACCUCCCUCCAAACAAACAAAGAACCUAUUGGAAUCCUCACCACCAACCACCGAAACAGCUGGGCAAAAGCUUACAACAACCUUCUGAAAGAUAAGACCAACAAGGAAUCUGUACGUACAAUUGAGAAGAGCAUUUGCACUGUCUGCCUUGAUGCACCAAUGCCACGGGUGUCUGAGGACAUCUACAAGAGUCGUGUGGCCGCUCAGAUGCUGCACGGUGGAGGCAGUCGCUGGAACAGUGGGAACCGAUGGUUUGACAAAACCCUUCAAUUCAUCAUUGCUGAAGAUGGUUCCUGUGGUCUGGUAUAUGAGCACGCUCCCUCAGAAGGUCCUCCCAUCGUUGCUCUUCUGGAUCACAUUGUGGAAUACACGAAGAAACCCGAGCUGGUAAGAUCACCAAUGAUUCCUUUGCCAAUGCCCAAGAAGCUGCGGUUUAACAUAACUCCAGAAAUCAAGAAUGACAUAGAGAAGGCAAAACAGAAUCUUAACAUCAUGGUUGAAGACCUGGAUAUCAAAGUGAUGGUCUUUCAUCAAUUUGGGAAAACCUUCCCCAAGUCAGAGAAGAUAAGUCCUGAUGCUUUCAUCCAGCUGGCCUUGCAGCUAGCGUAUUACAGGAUGUACGGCCAUGCCUGUCCCACGUAUGAGAGUGCCUCACUAAGGAUGUUCCGUUUGGGCCGCACAGACACCAUCCGCUCUGCUUCUAUUGAGUCUCUAAAGUUUGUACAAUCCAUGGACAGCCCUGACAAAUCGGACCAGGUGAAAACAGAUUUGCUGAGGAGAGCUACCCAGGCCCACAGGGAAUACACAGAUAUGGCAAUAAGGGGGAAUGCAAUAGACCGCCACCUCUUGGGCCUGAAGCUUCAAGCUAUUGAGGAUUUAGUGAGCAUGCCUGAACUGUUCAUGGACACAGCAUAUGCUGUUGCAAUGCACUUCAAUCUCUCAACCAGCCAGGUCCCAGCAAAGACAGACUGUGUGAUGUGUUUUGGUCCCGUGGUUCCAGAUGGCUAUGGAAUCUGCUACAACCCUAUGGAUGAACAUAUCAACUUUGCCAUUUCAGCAUUCAACAGCUGUGCUGACACAAAUGCAGCUCGCAUGGCACAUUAUCUUGAAAAAGCACUACUAGACAUGAGGAGCUUGCUCCAAUCUACUCCCAAAUCCAAACUGUAAGAGGCAAAUAUGAUGUAAAAAUGCCCCACGAGAGAGGCUGUCUUUCAUGCACUGAAGUUCCCAGUUCCUCAGAAAAUGACUGAGGGGACAGCCUGUCCUGACUGGAAUCUAGGAGGGCAUCAUUUGUUUUCAGCAAGACAGAAUCUAAUAUCUACAGAUAUUAGACUGUGGGGCAAGAGGAAAUGCUGUCUAAAGCCAAAGCAGAACUGAGUGGUCCUCUCCCAUCACUGCUAAGUGCACCUUCCUGUCCUCAAAGAGGAUUAAAAUCUUUUUAUGGAACUUACUGUAACAGAAUAUAGAGAAAGCACAGUCCUCACCAGUAUCUACAUCCAUUUGGUGAAGAAAGUAGUUCUCCAGGAAAAGCAGGGAAUGUUUAUUAUAUGAUGGGACUGCUGCAAGACUAAGGCUUUUUCUGGUCUAGGCUUAUGAAGAGAACAGCAUCUUUGCAACUCACCUGAAGAGCUCUUUUACUCCAGCAAAACAUCAUCAUUGAACAAAGGGGAGAAAGAAGUCAGAGCAGAUCCAGUCUUGUUAAGAGUGCACUGUACUACCUGUCCCAGGCACCUUAGCAUUACAUACUUUGCAGCCCUGGAAACGUUCCCUUUAUGUUCUAUCUUUAAGAUGCUGAGAUCUUUCCAUUGCACUGACCCAAUGACACUACAAGCUAAGGCAGCUUUGUUUGCUUUGUUCUGGGCUUUUUGUUUAAGCUAGCUGUUUGUGGGCCCAGCCCUUCAUCUUCAGACUGUGUAAAGCUCCCCCUUCAAAGCUUCUACAAAACUUGUCUUGCACAGGUUUUAUGAACUUCAGCUUUAGGUACUUUACCCUUUAUUGAGAUGAGAAGGAAUUGCUGUGCGUUUAGCAGAACAGUUGCUCCACUGUACCUUUACUUUGCAACUGAGGAAAAGAAACAGAUGCUGACCUUCUGUUUACUAGUCAAAGGGCCACAUGCUUAUUCUCCUUCAGGGCACACAUGUUAAAUCUAACAUGGUUGUAUAACCAUUCAGAAACCACAUAUUUAUGCAGAAUGUGUUUGGCCUAAGUUGUGGCUAAAGAGGAAUAUUAUUUCUGACCUGGAAUUCCAGAAUGCACUUCUGGUUUUGGCUCACAGAAUUCAAAUCUGUUAGUGCCAAAGGAAAAACAACUGCAGAAUAUCCCUUCUUUCACAUUAUUCUGCUUUUAAAAAAAACACAGAAACACUUGAAAAGCAGGAAGAAAGCUAAGAAUGCACAGGUACCUUGAGCUGUUUUGUCUGCUAUAGCAGCCAUUGUUCCUGCAGUAACAAUACUUUUUUUCUGAUACUCUUGAAUUUUCUUCUUAUGCAGUGUUAUUCAGAUCUGUGCCAUCUCUGUAUGUGAAAGAAUGAUCUUGUAGUAGUGUUUUCAUGUUCAAUUCAGAUAGUAAAAGAUUAUACAAAAAACAGCAACGUACAAUUUUUGCACAGGAACAUUUUCUAAGCACUACUUCCAAUCAAUCUGCCAGAAUCGAAGCUCCCUUAAUUUUUAUUUAGUAAAACUGAAUGGUAAUGAAGAAUUCUACUGCUUCUACUGCUACUUCAGCAACAGGAAUUUAAUAUUUAAACUGCACACACUUCAAGAUAAGACGGUUGGGACUUCACAGUAAAAAGAUGCAUUGUAAAUCUGAUGGCCUGUACUGUUAGAGGAAAACAUUUGAUCCUAAUUGCUACUUUUAUGAUCACAGAUAUGAUCGAAGUGCCUUGGUAAACAGACGUGAAGAAUUUUGCACUACAUCAGUUUAGAGAAAAAAUAUUGUUCUCAUCUGCUUUGAGAAAGGACACAAGCCAAAACUGUUGCAGUUUUUUUCUAAAAGGAUAUUGUUUUAAAGCUUCAUACACCUAAAUAAACCUUACAAUGGAAAAUUUAACUGAAACUCACCUGCACAGCCAGUGAUUGUAUGAACUGCCACUUUCACAUCAUUUACAUGGAUUUAGUUGAUCUUUUAGAAGAAUCCUGAAUG